AUGAGUAUACGAUUAUUGUGUGAGGUAAUAGCUAUGCUGUUAUUACAUUUAAUUUUUUAUAAGGUGUCGAUAUACUAUUUACUUCGACAUUUAGACAUCUUAAAUCAUUCUAAUAAAUUUAAUAAGAAUAUAUUUUUUAUAACAUGUUUAGUUUGUAUGUCUAUAUUUUCGUUAUUUAUAUUUGAGUUAUCUAAUUUAAUAUCGAAUAUAGUUAUAACAUACAUAUGGCAUAUAGAUAUAUGUAUUUUAUUAUUUUUGUUAUAUGUAAUAAUACCAAUUGAAUUUAUUAAUACUAUUUUUGAUUCGAACAACUAUAAAGAAAUAUUAUCUCCAGAAUUUCAUACACAUUCACAUAUAAAAUUGUUAAAAAAGUAUUAUGCUAAGAUUAGUAGUAUAUAUAAAGAAUCAUAUGGUAUUAAUAAGAGGAUAAAAAAACAUUUCUUUUUUUUCAGAGGUAUAUUAUUUUUAUCUUUUAUAUGGGUAAUUUUAGGAGGAUUACGAAAUAUGAUUUAUAAGAAAAAUUAUAAUUAUGUUAUAGCUGAUGAUAAUACAAUAAAUUUUAAAAAAUAUUUAUUAUAUAAAAGUAAUGAGGGGAAGAAUGCAAACAAGAUAUAUAAUAAAACCAUGUUUUUUUUUUUUCAAAAAAAAGAUACAUGCUUCAAUUAUUAUUUUAAUAAUAAUAUGAAUGAAUUAUAUUUUAAAAAUAAAAAAAAAACACAUCCAUUGAAAAAUUUUCUUAAACAAAUAUAUAGUUUCUUCUAUUUUUUAUGUUAUAUCAUAAUUCAUCAUAUUAUACUCUUACACAAUUUUAUCAUCCGAGAAUUAUUAAUUAAUAUAUGUGCAUUAGGUGUAACAACAAAUUCUAUUGUCGCUGGAAUCUCUUCUAUAUAUUUCAUAUAUGACUAUAUUAUUACUUUUAUAUACUUUCUACACAUACCAAAGAUACAAAUACAAAUAUAUAAUAUUGAAGAACGCAUACUUAUUAACUUUACAAAUUAUAUGUUUAAAAAGGAGGAGUUAGAAAAGUUGCAGAGUAAUAUUGAUAUACAUACCAAGAGAUUGUCUUAUGAUAAUAGAUGGAAUGCACAAAAUGGAGAGCUCAAUAAGGAAGAUGACAAAAGGGUAGUGUUAAGAAGACUCAACGACAACGAUGAAAAUAUUCAAAAGGGUGAUAAUAUUAAUACAGAUUAUAACACUAAUAAUGAUGAUAUCACUAUUAAUCAUAAUAAUUAUGGUGAUGAUUCAAAAUUUUAUGAAGAAACUAAAAACAAACAAUAUAAUUAUAAUGACAAUUCCAAUGAAGAGAAUUAUAAUAACCAUAAGAACAGUAUAUAUAAUAAAAAUUUCCACUUAAAUGAUACAACAAUUGAUGAGGGUAACAACAAAAAUAAUGAGGAACAUCUUGAAAGAGCAUAUCCUCAUAGAAUAAAAGAAACAGUAAAAAAUGUUUCAGUUCUUCUAAAUAUAACAAAUAAAAUUAAGAACAUAUGCGCCUUAACAAAUAAACGUCUUUUAAAAAAUUCAGAUAAUAUAAAAUAUGAAAAGGACAAAUCUAAUAUGAAUGAUGAAAGGUCAACACGUAUCAGUAGUAGUAAUAGACGUAGUACUAAAGGAAGAGUUUAUUUUCCAUAUAUUAAUAAUUAUAAAAAUAGUAGAAGAAAAAAAGCGAAUUAUAGUGAUCAUGAGUCAACUGUAAUAAAUUAUUUUUAUAAAAAAAUUAGUAAAAAUACAAUACAUGGCUUAAAGAGAUCACAUAGUUGCCCUGUUCUUAUCAAAGAAAGUCCAGAAGAUAAUAAUGAAGAAAUAAAUAAUAAUAUUCGAGAUAUAAGAAUGAGAAAAUAUAAUUCCUUGUAUAUUUCUCCUUCUUAUGAUUUCCAUUUUUUAGAGAUGGACAAAUAUUUUAAGAGAAAAAAUUACAAAAGGAGAAAGAAAAAAUAUAAAAAGAAAAUAAAAGUUAUAAAAUCACAUGAAAAUGAUAUAAAUGAUAUAAAUGAUAAUAACGAGAAUGUAAACAAAUGUGUGGAUUCUCCUUAUGGUCAAGAAAAUAUCAUGUUAAAAAAAUCAGAAGAUAGAAAAAAUCCUAAAAAACUUCCAAGUAAUGAACACAUAUUUUUUAAAGUCAAUAAAAAUAGUAAGGAUGAAGAUGAUACAUAUAAUAAUGAAUAUAGCGAUAGUAAUUCAGAUAACCAAUCUAGUAUUAUUCAUAGUAAUAUGGAUGAUGAUGAAGGUGAAUAUCAUGAUCUUAAUAAAGAAGAUAGUAGUGAUGAUGAUUCAUAUUCUUAUGAUGGAGAUGAUGAAUUUUUAAAUAAUAUGCUUCAAAAAAGUCUUAGCUUUCCUGUAAAUAAAUAUAAUAAAAAAAAUAAAAAAGUGAAAAAUGAAAAUGACCCAAUAGAAGAAAAUAAUAAUUUGAUACCAGCUGAAAAGAAUGAGGAAAUAUGUAAUAAUAUAAAUAAGGAUGAUCAUAUAAAUGAUGAUAAUAUAAAUAAUGAUGAUAAUAUAAAUAAUGAUGAUAAUAUAAAUAAUAAUUAUAAUAAUAUAUAUGAUAAUGAUAAGUAUAAAAAACCUUGUAAAAAAAGUAUUAAAUUUACAGAUCAAAAUAUCAUAUAUAAUGAUUAUAAUAAUAUAUAUAAUGAGGAUCCUCAUAAUGAUCUUAAUAAAAAUUACAUAAGUGGAAAAAAAAAAAGUAUGGAUGAAAAGGGUUUAAAAAGGGAGAUUCAAGAUCGUUCAAACAACAUGAACAUGAACAUAAACAUGAACAUAAACAAUAAUAAUAAUAAUAAUUGUAGCAGUAAGAAUUAUAAUAGUCCAUAUGAUAUUUCUAAUGGUGAGAAAAGAAAAUGUGAAAAUAUGAAAAAUUAUAAUAAAUUAAAAAAAGAAAUAGAAAAUAUUGUUUAUACAAAUACAAGUAUGUAUUAUUCUCUUAAUGCUAUCCUAAGUAGAAAAUUUGAAAUUCAAGAAAAUACAAAUUGUGUUUUAGGUCGCAUAAAUGUCAUAUUAAAUUCAAUUAUGUUUUUAACAGUUGUCUAUAAAAUAAUUAUGUCUACUUUAAAUAUAAUAUUUAUUCGAAUUUAUAUAAGAGAUCCAUUUUCAAAAAUUAUUGAAAAGAUAUGUUUAUUUUUUAAUAUAAAAUAUAAUAUAGCUAUUAUUUAUGCACCAUAUAUAUCAUUAAUGUAUAUUUCUUAUAUAGUUGCUAUUAAUAUGAAGAAAUUUUUACAGCAAAUAAUUCAAAUCUCAUCAUUCUUCUCAUUUUAUUUCAAACUCUUUUCUAAUAUGUGGAUUCUUUUAAUAUCAGAACUUAUGGGAUUAUAUUUUGUAACAAACUCAUUACUUCUUACAUCAUACCUUCCAGUUAAUUAUAAUCAUGUUAUGAACUUUGUCAUAGGUAAUAAUUAUGACUAUAAUAUUUUCCAUCUGCAUUCAGAUUAUGUUUUUAUAAUUUCUUCAGCAUUUACCUUGAUCAUAUGUAUUCUUUACAUGAUAUAUUUUUAUUUUUUUUAA